AUGGACUCGGCCUUCUCAACACCCUCCCUUCUUUUCAAGCGUGAAGGAGACAGCGGUGAGUAUGCUGGCCGUCUAGCCAUACCUGCUGAACAAGAAGCCGAUAUGACCUCACUCUCUACAGCUCCGCUCAGUAUGUCUUACCCUAAUGCUCUCCCCUCUAUGGCGCGGGGCACGUUCGACCUCCUCGCCCUGGACAUGAAGGACUUGGUCAAGAAGAUCCAGGCUCUCAGCCACCUGGGAAUCGAAGAUAGUAAGAUCGCCCUUCCCAAAAUCUGCGUGGUUGGCGACCAGAGUACCGGGAAGAGCUCUCUUAUCGAGGGCAUUUCUGAGAUCAAGGUCCCUAGAAGCGCUGACACCUGCACUCGCUGCCCUCUUGAAAUCAACAUGUCUGAGAGCGAGCCCGGCCAGCUGUGGAGGGUCGAUAUCUAUCUAUCGCAAAGAUAUAUCUACGAUCCUGAUCGAAAGAUGACCAAGCUCCCUCGCCGCUCCGAGCCGUUGGGGCCCUGGGUCCUGAUGGGUGGUGCCCAAGAGGAUGAACUCUUUGUCACUCUGACAGACAAGAGUGAGGUCGAGGAUGCUCUAUCGUGGGCGCAGCUGGCGACCUUGAACCCUAGCAGCGACUUCCAUGAUUACGUUCCCGGUCGUAACGACAAAACCUCUCGAGAGAUACUGGUAAAAUUCUCUCCGAACGUUGUUCGCCUGGACAUCUGCUCUCCUGGAUUCCCGAAUCUGUCGUUCUACGAUCUUCCCGGUGUGAUUAGCCAGCCCGAGCACGCCCAUGAACAAUAUCUAGUCAAGCUCGUUGAAAACCUUGUCAAACAAUACGUGUCUCAGGAGAAUUGUAUUGUUUUGCUAGCGGUCACCAUGACCGAGGAUGCUACCAACUCUAACGCUGCCCGAUUGAUUCGUGAGAUUCGCGGCGCCAAUGACCGCACCCUCGGUGUGUUGACCAAGCCCGACCGAGUGCCUUCGGGCCGUGAUAACUAUCAACAGUGGGCGGACAUUCUUGCAGGUUUGAAGUUCACGGUUGGAUAUGGCUACUUCGUCGUGCGUAACAACCCCAACCCUGCGGUGGACCACACACAGGCGCGUGUGGAAGAGGAGAGAUUCUUCGCCGGCGGCUUGUGGACCGAUGAUCUCUACAUGUAUCGGAACCGUUUCGGCACCAAGCGGCUCCAGUCCGCACUGUCUGAUCUGCUUUUGAAGCAGAUCAAGAAAUGUUUACCGUCCAUCAUUGCGAAGAUCAGGGAGAAAGAGGCCACCAUCGAUGCUGAGUUGGGCACUCUUCCCGCUUGCAUGAUUGAAAACGUGCAGAGCAUAAUCUACCAGAAGCGGUGCGAGCUCCUGGAGAAACUUCGUGCGAAUAUUGAUGGCGGCAGCGGCACCUCGGAGUACUCUUUGCAGAAGCGUUGGAACCAGGUUGUCAACGAUUUCCAACUGGCACUUGCCAAAACCCGUCCCACUGUGGUAUUGCCCGCAAUUUCUGACAAGGAAUCUCUGGCUCGGGACUCUGACUGUGUCGUUCUUGACGGCCCAGGCGCAACGCCCAAGAAACGCAAGAUCUCCAUCGCCGAGCCGCGAUCGCCAGAGGUAAACCCCUCGUCGGCAGUCAUCGUCCGCGCAUCGGGAUACGAAUUGUUGUAUUUCAGCGUGUGGGAUGGACCAGGAAAGAAAUUCACUUGGGAGGGUAUUAGGGACAUCAAGGACGAGUUCUGCUCGGCUGGUAUGCCGAACCAAAUUGACCCUCGUGCUAUUGAAACCCUGCAGCGUGCCAGUAUCGAACAUUGGGAGGGCUUGAUGCAUCGUUUUGUUGAUGCCACCAAUACGGAAGUCCAGAACACGUUGCUGGACAUGGUCGAAAAAGUGUUUAGUGACUACCAUCAGACCGGCCUGUACCGGGAAGUCAAAGGCAGUAUCAUGAACUACUUGAUCCAGCUUAAAUCCGAGCACCUGGCCUACGGACGUGAGAUCUACAAAAUGGAGAACGGCAAGCCCUUCACUCGGGCUAUCGACCAGCUCAACAAGGCUCAGAACACGGCAUUGAAGGAGCUCACUCGCGCCCGCUUUCUCGCCCGCGGCAAGAGCUACCUCGAGCUCCGUGGAUUUCAGUUUAGCUCGACCAAUGAGGCUAGUCCCGUGGUGAACAGCAAGCUUUCCCUCGAAGAUCUUGGUCCGGACCCAUUUGCACAGGAGGUGGAAAUGAUGGCGAGAGCUCGCGCAUACUACGACGUUGCGAGCUCCCGUUUCCUCGACGUCAUCGGACAGUCCGUCUAUAUGAAGCUGUUCUUGAAAUGUCGCAAUGAGCUCGUGGGUGCCAUUGACGCUCAGUUGAAGAUCUUCGGCCCGAACUCAUUCGAUCGUUGCCUUGAGCUCAUGGCAGAAGAUCCAGAGCGCCAGCACCGUCGCAACUAUCUGCAGAAGGUGCACGAGAAGGUCAAGAAGGCGCUGGCAUGGCUGGAUACCUUCCGCAACCCGGAGGAUGAAGAUACGGAUAAUACUCUGUUUGUGGAGCAGGAUGACUACAAGAUGGAUUCUUUCGAAUAA